AUGGAAGGGAGUGUGAAAGAAACUGGUUCUUUCGGGACUUUGAAUAACAUCAAGCACAAAAAGCACAAGAGAUGAGAUAUUAAAAUGCAUCCCCUAGAACUUGGAAGCUUGGGACAAAGCUAUAAUGAUGGUACCAACAGUAGCCGUGCAAAAUUUAAUAAUAUCAAACACAAAAGAUUACAGUCAAUGCAUGGAAUGCAGCAAGUUUCCUCUAUGAGAACUUUAAAUUCUCAAAAUGAUUCUCAGUCAAAACAUUUAAGAACAAUGACUGAUGCAAAUGAGCUUGACACAAUGAGUGGAGAAAUUAUGUUUCAUCCAAAUUACACAAAGUCUUCAGCAGGCUUAAUCAAUCAAACUUACGAAAAUAGUGAACAUCCAGUUGAAAUUAUUAAGGAGGUAACAGUUAAUCAGGAAGGAAUGAGUAAUGGGCUUGAAAGAUUUUGUACAACUUAUGCUGACCUCCAAACUGCAUCUCAUCAAAGGAGCGAUUCUGUUGAAAGCCAAGUUCUCUACUCUCUUGCUUCAACUAAAAAUCAGGAAGGAGGAUAUCCCUCUAUACCCAAUUUAAAACAAGGAGUUGGUUCAGAGGAGGACCAAUAUGAAUCUGCAUUGAGAAAUCAGAUUAAUCUUGAAUCCAAACUGGUAGAAUAUAAAAAUAAGAUCCAAAUGUUCGAAUGCUCUUCCAAGACAGUAAAUAAAAAGUACCAAGAGCUCCAAAAGAAAUAUUCAGCAUUAGAGAAAGAAUCGGCUUCUCUCAAAGGAACCCUAAAGAAGGUAGAAUCUGAGAGACUAAAAAUCUCUGAGAAGUGGGUUAAAUGCAGCUCUAAAAACAAGCAAGAUACCGUCAAGACAAAGACCAGGAAUGAUGAGCUUUCCAAGCAGCUGAUGGAGACUCUUGAGAAGGUUGACAACAUGUCUAGAGAGAACAAUCUUCUUAAGAAGAGUAAUGAUGAGAUGAAGGAAAUCAUAAAUUCACACGUUACUAAAAUUAAGGCAUUAAAAUCUAAGAAUAAGCAUCUUAAGAAGGAAAAGGAAGAAAUCGACAAUGCAGCUGAAGACCUCUUUGAAAGAUGAAAAAUGUAUGAAUCUCAAUGUGAUGAACUUCUUAAGUACAAGGAAGAUGCAGAACAGAUAGUCGCCAAUGAGUUACAAGAGAAAGAUAGAAAAAUUAUAUACUUGAAACAGGAAAAGGAAGGAUAUGAACAAAAACAAGAGGAAUUACAACAUGAGCUUCGAUCAAUGCAAGCUGAAAUUGACUUAUUGACAAACCAGAUAGAUGUCUCAGAGAUUAUCUCAGAGCAAGGAUUUGCUCCUGCUCAUGCAAUGAUAAAUGGGGAAUUAAUGAUUGCUAUUGAAGACUUAGCAAAGGAUAUCGGAUAUAGUUUGAGCAACAGUAUGCAUAGAAAUAAUAAUGAGAUUGAAUGAGCUCUUGAGGUCUCUGAAAUGGCCCCAUCUAAUGAAGAAUUGCUCCAAAUAAUUCAUAAAGCUUCUUCAAAAAUCAGAGAAUUGAGAGAGCUCAUUGAAAAUUUAAGCAAAAAGUUAUGCAUCAGUGAAAACUCAGAAAGCUUAAAAUAUGGUAAACUUAAGAAGACAAUAGAGAAAUUGAAAAUGGAUAAUAAGAGACUAUUCAAUGAUAAAAAUGAAUUAGAAAAUCAGUUAAGCCCCUCUUCAAAGCAACCUCAUGAGUUUUACCAGAGUAUGAUACCGAAAGCACCUGGGACAAAAUCUUCAAAUUUCUUUUCGAAGCAUAAGUUGAGACCUUCGAGUAAGAAGAAUUUGAAAACACCAGGUCAUUACUCGAAGGCUUCCAUUCUACAAUGAACUAGUCAGAGCAAUUUGAAAAACCUAAAAAUAUUAAAGCAGAAGAUGACUUCUCCACAUCAUCGAAACCAAUCAGAACAAGACAAGUUUAGUGGGGUUCCAUUCAAGACUUACACCCUUCUACAAAAUUCAACUGAGCCAGUAUCUCCAUCAGAUGGACAACCAGGGAAUAGGAGGCAUAGAAAAAUGGCAAAUCUUGUUCCAGAGAAGUUAAUUCCUCAGAAGACCCUUGAUAUCAGGACUAAGGAAGAUCUUAGGCAUGGGCUAGUCGUAUGGAAUAAGGAGAAUGUUCCAACAAAUGUAAAGAAACAUAGGAAGGCAGGAAGUACAGUAAACCAGAGCUCUAAACCACGCUCAAGACAUACUAAUUCGAUGAUUGAUUUUAGAGUUUUAAAAGCUAAUAGAGAAUAAUUACAACAUAUU